CACCAUCAUCAACAACUUACUAGUAUUUCGCAAUAGUUGUUGUGUUCUGGUUAGUUUAUCCUAAUUCAGUGUAUAGCAGUGAAUAUCAGAGCCAACAUACGCAAAAAUGUUGUCCAACCACUUCUUCUUUCUUCUCUAACAAUACAGUAAUAUCCCACACAUAUCGCUUUGAAGUGUUCAUUUUACUUUUUAUUUUUAUUUUGUGCAGGAUAUACACACAAUUUCAAUUGUGUUGUACCCACAGUUGUACUGUAGUGAUAGAUAAUAGAUAGAUAUGUGCGCACAACUUACAGAUAUAUAUUUAUGUACUUGUGGUAAAAUAAGUAAAAUCGAUUUGACCUGUGCAUGAAGAAAGGGGGAGACAUUUCUUGAGGAUUUUUUUUUCUUCAAAAUAUUUUUUGCCACAAGCAAUAAGAUCAAGAUGAGUAUUGGAAUCAAUUUAUUUCCCAAAGCCGUAUUUCUCGUCGUUCUUCUCUCCUAUUUGAAAGCCACGGAAGAGUUUAAGGCGACACACCCCCACAAUGAGGAGUCCGGCAGUGAUCAUCAGCAGCACAGCUCCAGCUUUAAGGCCAGAUUUAGGGAGAGGUUCCGAAGGCAGUCGGGCUCCCAAGCAGCGGUGUGAAGUGUAAUAUCCGGGGGGUGGCAUACGUGAAAAUAAAUAGAUAAGACUGAGGGUGUAAAAUUAUAGUCGAAUUAUGAUUUCAAGAAAAAAUAACAACGAACUAAUAAUCAACCAACCAUCUGGAUAUAUUUAAGUUAUACAACGUAUAGAAAUAAGAUUUGUUACAAAAUUAUGCCUACUUUUCCAUAUAAAAUGUAUGUUCCUAUUGAAAUGUCUAAAAUAGACUAAAAUUGUGCAAAUGCAAGAGAAAAUGAUUGUUAUAUUAAAUUUUUUAAGCAAAAAAUCAUAAAAUUGGAUUUAUUUCUUGAAAAUGGCAACACUUCAUAUUUUUUACACGCACGAACCGAGGGAGGAGAGGAGAGGAUGUAGUGCGAGGUCAUUCACCUCGCGCCUUCGUUACCAGGCGACAAAUUUUCCAGCCCAGUGCGAAUAAUCUACCCGUCAGAAGCAAAGUAGUAGUAAACAAAAAAUAUUUAAAAUUUUAUAAUUCUGUUAAUUAAUUCCAAAUUAGCUGUAGUUUUUCUCCAUUUUUCCAAAAUUUUCAGGUUUCAAACCCCAAAGGGCAGUAAAGUCGUGUUUUUUUAAGAAAAUGGAGUUUGGGUCACAUUUUGAGAGGUCCAUCCCUUCACAAGUAGUUGCACAGGAUCAUCAUGGUGUUAAUAUCUAUGGUGCGUUUGGAGACUAUCAGAGAUCUGGCCAAUUGCGACAAUAUGCAAUUGCUGAACGUGAAGAUAACAUUGCUAAUGCUAAGAAGAAACUUGAGAAUCAGGCGGAUGUGAUACCUAAAUUGAAGCAAAAUUGUGAAAAAUUGGUGCUCGAAAUAAAAGUGGAAGAGGCAUUAACUGCGACAGAAAUUGGAUUGAAAUUAAAGCAAGAACGUCAGGCAAAUCAAAUUGAGGCUAACUACGAGGAAUAUCUGGACGAGUUGGAACAAGUGAAAGCGAAUCACUGCAGAUUUGUACAAUAUGAGAACUCGAGGAAAUCUAAGCUUCAGAAUGUGGAACGGGAUUAUAUUGAACGAUGUAAGAAAAUCCCAGAGGUGUGUAGCCUGAUUAAUGCAACAAAUGAGCUGAAUAACUUGAAUAAUCGUUUGCAAACCGUGUGGAAAAAUUUGAAUGGAUUGCGACAAGAGGUACAACAAAUGAAAACCGAAUCUCACACGAACUGGAAAACUUUUCAGCAAGUAUGCAUUGAAGUGGCAAGGAACGAGAAGGCUAAAAGUUUGCAUAGACUUAACACUGAACAACUUGAAGCUAAGAAGAAGCAGUUGAAGACUCGGAAAGAACAACAAGAUGCAGAGAAACGUCUUAUGGAUCGUAAAAUACAGGAGGCUGGUGGUUACCCGUAUUCUCCAAUGCGAUACGACCCAUAUGCCCGCUAUGGAUAUCAAGUUGUGAACCGGUCGCCAUAUAUGGUGGGAGGGAUGAAGCAUUCGCCAAAUGCAACACAGUGGAAGCAGUAUGUAAAUAAAAUUAGCCUUCAACAGCAAAAUCGAGGAGGAUCUUUGGGGCGCUCAGAUCCGCUGACAACAAGGAGGUUCCCUGAAACAGUCUCCCCGAUGGCUCAACUACGAAAUUUGAUGUCACCAGGUUCAGAUUCACAGCAUUCACGUUUUGGUCCAUCGAGUCGUGUGGUAUAUCCAGCAACACCAAAUCCUACUGCACGUCAGUUUUCACAAGUUUCACUUCCUCCGACAACUCCAGCGUCGCUUGCACCGACAACUCCAGGGUCACUUGCACCGACAACUCCAGGGUCGCUUGCACUGUCAACUUUAGGGUCACUUCCUCCGGUGACCCCAGUAUCACUUCCUCCGGUGACCCCAGUAUCACUUCCUCCGGUGACCCCAGUAUCACUUCCUCCGGUGACCCCAGUAUCACUUCCUCCGGUGACCCCAGUAUCACUUCCUCCGAUAACCCCAGUAUCCCUUCCGCCCGAAACCCCAGAGUCAUUUUCAUCGACCCAAUUUUCACUAUCACUGGCAACUCAAAGACCACUUUCAUCAACCCCAUUUUCAUUACCACCGGCAAAUCCAGCUUCACUUCCGACGACUCGAGUGCCACUUCCUCCGAAAACCCCUGAGCCAAUUACUCCGGCAGCCCCAGUCUCACUUCCACCGGCAGCCCCAGUCUCACUUCCUCCGGCAGCCCCAGUCUCACUUCAUCCAACAGCCCCAGUCUCGCUUCCUCCGGCAGCCCCAGUCUCACUUCCUCCGAAAACCCCUGAGCCAAUUACUCCGGCAGCCCCAGUCUCACUUCCACCGGCAGCCCCAGUCUCACUUCCUCCAACAGCUCCAGUCUCACUUCCUCCAAUAUCCCCAGGCUCACUUCCUCCGGCAGCCCCAGUCUCACUUCCUCCGGCGACCCCGUUGUUUAAGAGUCCGUUUGUUCUACCUACUCAAUCCGAACCUUGUAAUAUACCAGACUCGCCAUUCUCGAUUGCAUCGCAGCCCCUCGGAUUAUCGGCACCCUCACCCAUGAAUUUCUCAAUGUUUGGUGAUCCACAGCAAACAGUCCCUUCCACCGAAGGAUUCGGGGGUGGAUUCAUGGGUUUUUUCGGAGGAGCUGGAGGUGGCGAAACAGGAAAUGCUGAAAGUUCUUCGUUCUUCUUUGACAUGGGAAAUAGUACUCAAGGAUCUGACGUUUCUUCGUUUUUUUAAUUUCAUACGAUAUAUAAUUUUCCAUAAGAAAAGUAGCCGCUUUCAUUCUCUUUUUCAUUAUUACCUUUUAUAACUUUUUGUACAUACGAUUUUCAUUUCACUUGCUACAUUUACUUUAUAUUCAGUAUAAGAAGUAAGUUACUUCUAAUUUGAAAUCUUCCUUUUUUUAAGAUUGAAAAGAAUAUUUACAUGAACUAUAUAAAAACCUUGUAAUUUCUAGUUAUAGUAAAAUGUAGAAGCAAAAAUAUAGUAAUUUGGUACUAUUUAGAUAACGGAAAGUGAUGUGCAUUUUUUCAUAAACAAAAUAUUUAAUUUAACUUCAGGGCCUAAACAACAUUGCAUUGAAGUUUGAAGGCCACAUUGACAUUAACCAUCAAAAUUAUUAGUAUUAAUUAUCAUCAGAAUCUAAAUUUGUUGUAAAUAUAAAACACAUCAAUCAUCAAUGGAAGAUCAUCAUCCCCAAAAAUGGUUUGGGUACACACCUCUCGUAAUCACGGGGACACUAAAUGAUAUUUAAUGAAUGAAAACGAAUUAACAAUUAUAUGUUUACUCUAAUCAAUUGGAGCUGCAGAUAUUUAUUCACGUAUGCAGUAUGAGGAGGACUGGUCAAUAAGUGAAGGUCGAAGGUUAAUGUGCCACCAACCAAAAACCUUGUGAAAUACAUAUUCAAUCUCAUUGCUCAAACGUCCUUUGGACAGCUGGAAGGCGUCGCCUCGCAGUCGAGGACAGGACGCGCAGUCUUCGAGUUUCUGGGCGUGCCUUACGCCCACCCGCCCGUCGGUUCUCUCCGCUUUAAG